AUGACAAAAAAAAACGAGCAGCAGCAAACAAGCGCUGUCUCAGUUGGUAGCAAUGUUGUUAUUGUUCAUCAAUCACAUCAAAAUGAUCUACAACAUCAACAAACACCACAAAUUCUUAUGCCAUCAAUGACAAAUUCAGCACCAAUGAUUAUUACAACACCAUUAGCCGUUCCAUCGGGUCUUAUUAUUUCUCAACAAGCAACGACACAACAAUUACCUACAACACAAAUAAUGCAAAAACAACAAGCAGUAACUACCGUUCAAACUACCCAACAAGCAUCAACAACAGUAGUAAAAACAUCAAAAAAAUCAGCAGAAAAUCGACUUGUUUGUGGAUUAUGCAAUAAAAUUUAUCGAUCAUCGGCUGGUCUGAGAUAUCAUAAACGAAAAAGACAUCGGGGUAUGCUAAAACCGACCCAACUCCAUCGUGUUCGAUGUUUAGAAAGUGGAUGUGCUUAUCAAAUGUUGGCCAUAAGUGAUCUUAGAAAUCAUUUAGCUAAUCAUCAUAUAAAACCAGAAUAUAAAACAACAGAAGAAAAGAAAUUUACAUCAUUUACCGAUUUUACCGAAUGGAAAUCAGCAUUCGAAAAUCUAACGGGUUCUAAAUAUGUUAAAAAUUGUGGUGCCAAAGGUAAAUCAGAAAAUCAAACAACCGAAUAUUAUUAUUGUAAUCGUACAGGACCAUAUAAACAAACUCGUCAAGGUUGGAGACGUAAUUCCAAAACAUUAGAUGCACUUCGAUGUGGUAUUCAUUGUACAUCAUCGAUGAAAGUUGAAAUUGGUCGUCAAGAACAAAUAACAGUUCAGUAUUAUCCAACACACUAUGGACAUACGUCAGAACCAGCUUUACAAGCACCAACCACAAGUGGACAACAACAAACUACCGAAGUUGUAUAA